GGCGCAGGGCGGGAAGAGCCGUUGUCUGCCAUUGUUUCCCACGAUGUUUGCUGAGAAUCGGAGGUUUCCCACGCGUUGCCCUCGGAGUGUGCGGUGCUACUGGUGGUCGCAGUCCACUGCAUCUUCGCGGGCGUUGUUAGUGUCGUCCAAUUUGCCGCUCGGGUCGCUCAUUCGCUGCUGAUGGUGCGCUGGAAAGAUGCCGUCGUAUCCUCUCGCUCCCUCCCCAGCCACGUAAGGCAUUACGGACGUGAAGUUGUUGUUCGGCGGAAACUCAAGUGACGACAACAGUCGCUUCGCACCAUUCGAUGACGACCGUCCUUACGAGUCAGCCGCACUCAUGUGUUUGUCCGCAUGCUCCACACUGCUAGUGUUCGACUCUUCGUCGCCGUGUGCGAGUUGUCCGUGAUUGGACGUAACGUGAUUUUGUGCCACCACCCGCUCUAUCAUGAACGACGUGUACUUGACUGAGGACCAGUAUGGAUAUCAUCAUCAUCAUCAUGUGCAGAACAGUUAUUCCCCGCACGAUAACUCUCCGUACGGUGUAAACAAUCCCACAGCUGUCCCACCACCUCCGUACUCAACAGCUGCGUCCCCCGGAGAUGCUCCCCAGUACAACCGCGACUUGAUGCUCGAGUUGGGCCCGCAGCUUAAUGGAGGCGACCGCAGAGGGGGACCCGUUGACAUGUCAAGUCACGGAGGCCCUCGAGCCCAGCAUCCCUACUUCAGCUCGGCUCACAGCCCGAUGGCGUACAACAAGAACAGUAUGCAGCCGACGUCCGGUGAUCACGAGCCACCCAUGAUGAUCGGAUCGUUGGCGUCGGGUGUCAAGUCGGUACCCGAGCCGCCGCAGCCUCACCUCGGGGUGCAAGCGCCGGCGCGACUGCCUCCCAGCCCCAUGCCUUCCCCACCGGACGACCGCUACCGAAGUCGACGCAAGGAGCAACGGCUCACGCGGGACAGCAUGAGCCGGUACUUGCGCGAACGUGGCGACAUGGUACUGGUCAUCUUGCACGCCAAGGUGGCCCAAAAGUCGUACGGUAACGAGAAACGGUUCUUCUGCCCUCCCCCAUGUAUCUACCUUCUGGGCGACGGAUGGCAGCGCAAGCGAGACCAACUCCUCCACGACGGUGAGUCUGAACAGGCGGCGCAACUGUGCGCAUUCAUAGGCAUCGGAAACUCGGACCAGGACAUGCAGCAGCUGGAUUUCAACGGGAAGAACUACUGCGCCGCAAAGACCCUCUUCAUCAGCGAUUCCGACAAGCGAAAACAUUUCAUGCUGUCAGUGAAACUGUUCUACGGCAACGGGGAAGACGUGGGAGUGUUUCACAGCAAGCGCAUCAAAGUGAUCUCGAAACCGUCCAAGAAGAAGCAGUCGCUCAAGAACGCGGACCUGUGCAUUGCAUCUGGGACCCGGGUCGCGCUCUUCAACAGGCUCCGAUCGCAGACGGUGAGCACCCGAUACUUGCACGUUGACAACGGCAACUUCCACGCCAGCUCCAGCCAGUGGGGAGCCUUCACGAUCCACCUGCUGGACGACGAAGAGUCGGAGUCGGAAGAGUUCACCGUGCGGGAUGGCUACAUCCACUACGGCUCCACGGUCAAGUUGGUCUGUUCCGUAACGGGGAUGGCGUUGCCGAGGCUCGUCAUCCGCAAAGUUGACAAACAGAACGCCCUGCUCGAUGCCGACGACCCAGUCUCCCAACUGCACAAGUGUGCGUUUUACAUGAAAGACACGGAACGCAUGUACCUCUGCCUCUCGCAGGAAAAGAUCAUCCAGUUCCAGGCAACGCCGUGUCCGAAAGAGCCAAACAAGGAGAUGAUAAACGACGGUGCAUCUUGGACAAUCAUUUCGACCGACAAGGCGGAAUACACUUUCUACGAGGGGAUGGGACCAGUGCGCGUACCGGUGACGCCCGUGCCAGUUGUUAGUAGCCUACACCUCAACGGUGGUGGUGACGUCGCCAUGUUGGAGCUGAAGGGCGAGAACCUGACGGCAAACCUCAAGGUUUGGUUUGGCGACGUUGAAGCCGAAACAAUGUAUCGCUGCGAAGAGUGUAUGCUGUGCGUCGUGCCCGACAUUUCGGCUUUCCGAGAGGGCUGGCAGUGGGUGCGUCAGCCGACGCAGGUCCCCGUGUCGUUGGUUCGCAGUGACGGUGUCAUCUACGCGACCGGACUAACGUUUACGUACACUCCCGAGCCCGGGCCCAGACAGCAUCCCUAUCCGUCUGUGGUACACGACAUUCUCCGGCCAGCUAAUGCACACACCCAUCCUCCCGCACCGGAGGAUCACGGAGCCAUCAUGCACCACCAGCAUUACAUGUGAUCUAGUGGACUGACUGGAAAGUAACGACAAUCACGAUGCUUUUCGCCGAGAGUGGGCUCUGUCGUGUGAGGACGUGGUGAAACAACUGGCGUUGAGAGGCAGUUUUUUCCUGUGUGGACGUUCUGUUGUGUGACACGCAACAAAAAACACGCGAAGCAAACUGUGAACUGGAGGAGUCGUGGAAUAUUAUCGAUUUUAUUUAUUCAAAUUUUAAUACAAGAGCCUACAACUCUAUGGGAUUCAGCGUUUGUGGUUGAGGUGUCCCGGGAGCAGGAUUUUUACUCUCUUUUUGAGACUCUCGUUCCACUUUCUGCGGCGGCUUUGAUACAAAAUCACGAUAGUUUCGUACGUGUGCUGCGAUUGCCGAGGUUUACGUUUAUGUAUCACAGUGAUGGGGACUGCUUAGUUCAAUCUAACCAAAUCUCUAGUUGCAGAGUGAAACCUGUGUAAAUAUGUACAAACAUAAUACAUAUUAUCAGAGAAUCUUUUAGCGAGUCUUUUCCCUCCUCUUCUGUAACCACAUGGCCUUUUUGCAAGAUGUGAUACCAUCAGUGCAUUUUCCUUCAGAACCCCGAACGUAGUAUUAUUUCCGAAGAAGAUGAACUCCGAUAUCUAUGCAGUACUUUAUCUUGGCACUCUUCAGUGCUGCACGUGCUGGUGAAGCGUACGUAAGCCAUUUUAGCAUGGCAUCACUUCAGGGUAUGUACCAUAAUGUGGACUACGUACAAUCUUUUCUUCGUCACGCAGCAAUCCUUUAUCUUGUGGAAGUAGGGUAAGCACUCUAAAAUGCUAUUUGAUGGCUGCACCACCCUUAUCAUCAGCACUACAAGAAGUUCACAUCUGAAAUGUCCUUUUAAACUGUGAAGGAGAAAGGUUUUUGUAUCCAAUGCAUACUGAAGUGAGUUCUUUGUGGCUAUUUUUUCUCUUACACUGUGCACUGUUGUGUUGGCAGUUCCUUCCCAAGUGCGUGAAUUUCUUUUAGGCGAUCUAUUUUUUUCGCACCUUGCUUCGAGUCACAACAAACCAAAUAUGUAAGAUCCAAGGACCACAUCUUGCAGUGUGUGUACAGAGUUAUGAGCUUGUAAUAAUAAUAAUAAAAAAAGGUUUUAAGAUUUUA